CUAGGGCACAACCGAUCACCGCGCGAGAGCGUGCUAAAAUUUCCCGGCCACUCCGUCAUCGCAAACUUUCAUCCUUCCUUCCCUCCAAAACCCUAAAAACCAUUUUCCCUCGCUUUCAUCGAAUUCAAAUCCAAAAAUAGAAAAGAUUCAAAUUUGAGUCAACAAUUGAUGCUCUCACAAGCCUUUCGCUCUUUCUAGCAUGAAAUCCCUAUUUCGCCCCCCUUCCUUAAUACAUAUUGUUGACUCUCAUCUUUCCCGCUCCCUCCCCUUAUACUCCCAAACCAUCUCAAAUCAUCGCCCUCAGCUCCGCUUGAAAUCCUUACCGACUUCUUGCUCCAGAUCAUACUCUAUCAUGCCGGCGAAGGAAACCCUUUUAUCCGCAGCAGAUGGCCGAGCUCUCUGCGGUGAGAUCCAUGUGAUCAUCGGCCCGAUGUUUGCUGGAAAGACGACGGCUUUGCUCCGCCGUAUUCAGAUUGCUAUCGACGGUGGAAGGAGAGUAGCAAUGAUAAAAUCAGAUAAGGAUAAUCGAUAUGGAGUGGACUCUGUGGUGUCACAUGAUGGUGCAAAAAUGCCUUGUUUUGCUGUUCCGGAGCUUUCGGUUUUUCGAAGUAACAUUGGUGAUGAAGACUAUAAUAUGCUUGAUGUCAUAGGGAUUGAUGAAGCUCAGUUUUUUGAAGACCUCUACGAUUUCUGUCAUAUUGCUGCUGAUCGUGAUGGAAAGACUGUUAUUGUUGCUGGUUUGGAUGGUGAUUACUUGAGGAGGAGAUUUGGUUCAGUGCUCGAUAUAAUUCCGCUUGCCGACUCUGUUACUAAAUUGAACUCGAGGUGUGAACUAUGUGGCCGACCUGCUUUCUUCACCUUAAGGAAGUCGAACCAAACCGAAACAGAACUUAUCGGCGGUGCCGAUGUUUAUAUGCCGGUUUGUCGGCGGCAUUAUGUUAGCGGACAGGCAUUAAUUGAAACAACAAAAAUUAUUUUGGAAGGUAAGAAAAUUGAAACUUAUUCUGAAGCUGCUCCUUUAUCAGGAUUAUGAGACGGAGUACUAAGGUUUAUUCUUCAUCUGAAUGCUUUCAUUCUUAGUAUAAGUUAUGUAUGUUUAUAUGGUUUUAUUUUGAUGUGCAUGUUUUGCUGUGUUUUGAAA